AAGAGUCAGUAGGAAGAGGAUUUUGAUUACAAAGAAGCAAGUUUGGAGCAGGAAAGGAGAGGGAGAAUCAGAAUUUAGUAAAACAGUUGUUCUGGAAUAACAGACAAAUAGCCAGGCACAAAGGCAGCCCCUUAAAAACAGGGAGGCAGAUGGAGAGAGAAUGAGAUGAUAGGUGAAAGAAAUGUAGGAGAAAGCAAAUAUCACGACCAGAGAAUGUGUGCAGGAUUCCAAGGAGAUGUUGCAAGGAAAUGUGCUUGAUGGAGGUUCCAAAGUUCUCUACAGAAUUCCAGAUGUGACCUCAUCAGUGAGCUACAGAAAAGGUGUGAUGCCAUGGCAUCAGCCGACUGCAGCCAGGGUGGGAGUAACCUGGCCUCAGACAAAUCUCCACUGAGUCUGUCAGUGAUUUCGGCAAAGCCCAAACUCCAUAACAGGCAGGGUCGCAUCAAUGCUUAUGUUGAAGUUUCAAUUGAUGGAAAUGCAAAUGAAACAAAGAAAACUGGAAAACGAACUGGGAGCCAAGAAAUACAGUGGAAUGAAAAUUUCAUGUUUAAUGUUACACCUCAGAGCCGCCUGGAACUGAAACUGUGGAGCUGUCAUAAACUGAGAAAUGAGGUACUAGGCACUGCAAUAAUCCGUGUUUCUGAGGCUUUGAAGAAGAAUAAUGGGACAGUGGAGAAUGAUCAGCUAACACUGAAUCUGCAUGCUGAAAACAAAGGCUGUCUUUCUUCAGGUGGAGAGUUAACUGUGUCUUUGGAUGGUCUGCAUAUUGAUGUAGGAAAGCUGCCUAAUGGUACUGCUAUGAUAGACAGUGUUACCAAGGAUCUAUGUGCUCUUUCGUUAUAUGAAAAAGAUUCUGGGAGUUCCAAAAUUUCAGGUAUCCAUGAAGAGAGGAAUUUCACCAUAUCCGAUCCUCCUAUGUUGUCUGGUGUUACCAAGGAUCUAUGUGCUCUUUCGUUAUGUGAAAAAGAUUCUGGGAAUUCUAAAAUUUCAGGUAUCCAUGAAGAGAGGAAUUUCACCAUAUCAGACCCUUCUAUGUUGUCUGGGUCCCUUGAAACCAAGGAAGAUCAGGAUGGCACCGCUUUAUCUAUUCACUCAAGACCCUCUACCACUUCCUCAGGAAACAGAACCCGAUCACACCGACAAUCCUCAGAAGUGACUCGAGGACAUGCUGUUAAUGGAGAAUCAGCAGAACAUGGAGACAAAAGUCCAGACUCUAGAAACCAGCCCAAGAAUCGAGCCAAGAGUCCAGGCACUAGCAGUGUUCCAAAUGGGACAGUUAAUGGAGACCGUACAAAUGAAUGUUAUGAUGGAGAACUUCUCAGGCCUAUCACUACAUCAGCAAGUACCUCUUCUAGUCCGUCCCUGAGCAUUCGAACACCUAGUCCAUCCUGCAGUGAAUCUGUAUCAAGUAUCAGUGGGUCCGGUUCUACUGCAGAAGCCCUCACAAAUUCAUCUUCAGAACAACGCUCACCAGCACGGCAAAAUCUGGAAGACCUCCCACCUGGAUGGGAGCAAAGGGAGCUGCCAAAUGGAAGAGUUUAUUAUGUUGACCAUAACAACAAGAUCACUACAUGGGAGAGACCACUUCCUCCAGGGUGGGAGAAGCGAGUAGACCCUCGUGGCAGGUUUUAUUAUGUGGAUCACAACACAAGAACGACAACCUGGCAGAGGCCAACAGCAGAGUAUGUUAGAAACUAUGAACAGUGGCAGUCACAGCAAAACCAGUUACAGGGAGCUAUGGAACAGUUCAACCAGAGGUUUCUGUACCAGCCCUCUGGAACAUCAAAUGAAAAUGAUCCUGUUGAUUCUUUGCCGCCUGGAUGGGAAAAGCGACAGGAUAAUGGAAGAGUGUACUUUGUUAACCACAACACACGGACCACUCAGUGGGAGGAUCCCCGGACUCAAGGGAUGAUCCAGGAACCCCCCUUACCUCCAGGCUGGGAGAUGAAAUACACCAAUGAAGGAGUCCGUUAUUUUGUGGACCAUAAUACCAGAACCACCACUUUUAAAGAUCCUCGUCCAGGAUUUGAUUCAGGGACAAAACAUGGAGGGUCUCCCGGAGCCUAUGACCGAAGUUUCCGUUGGAAGUAUCAGCAGUUCCGUUUCCUCUGUCAUUCUAAUGCUUUACCAAGCCAUGUGAAGAUCAGUGUUUCCAGGCAAACUUUAUUUGAAGACUCUUUUCAGCAGAUCAUGAACAUGAAGCCAUAUGACCUGCGCCGUCGCCUUUACAUCAUCAUGCGUGGAGAAGAAGGACUAGAUUAUGGUGGCAUUGCCAGAGAAUGGUUCUUUCUUCUUUCCCAUGAGGUAUUGAAUCCCAUGUACUGCCUAUUCGAGUAUGCAGGGAAGAAUAACUAUUGUCUACAGAUAAAUCCAGCCUCAUCCAUAAAUCCUGAUCACCUGACCUAUUUCCGCUUCAUUGGCCGACUUAUAGCUAUGGCUCUCUAUCACGGCAAGUUCAUUGACACUGGGUUCACACUACCCUUUUAUAAGCGUAUGUUGAACAAGAAACCAACUCUGAAGGACCUGGAAUCCAUUGAUCCCGAGUUUUACAACUCAAUAAUGUGGAUAAAAGAAAACAACCUACAGGAGUGUGAGCUUGAAUUGUACUUUGCUCAGGACAUGGAAAUUCUGGGAAAACUCACAACACAUGAGUUGAAGGAAGGUGGAGAGAAUAUACGAGUGACAGAAGAGAAUAAAGAAGAAUAUAUCUUGUUGUUGACUGAAUGGAGAUUUACUCGUGGUGUGGAUGAGCAGACAAAGGCCUUUUUGGAUGGCUUCAAUGAAGUGGUGCCCCUUGAGUGGCUGAGAUACUUUGAUGAGAAGGAGUUAGAGCUUAUGUUGUGUGGAAUGCAAGAGAUUGAUCUUACUGACUGGCAGAAGAACACAAUCUACCGUCAUUAUACUAAGAAUAGUAAACAGAUCCAGUGGUUCUGGCAGGUUGUGAAAGAUAUGGACAAUGAGAAACGAAUCCGCUUACUACAGUUUGUUACAGGAACCUGCCGCCUUCCUGUUGGUGGGUUUGCAGAGCUCAUAGGCAGUAAUGGCCCCCAAAAGUUUUGUAUUGACAAAGUUGGAAAGGAGACCUGGUUGCCCAGGAGUCACACCUGUUUUAACCGCCUGGAUCUUCCUCCUUACAAGAGCUAUGAACAACUGAAAGAGAAGCUGCUUUUUGCAGUGGAAGAGACUGAAGGGUUUGGCCAGGAGUGAGAGAGACAUCCUCCUUUUCUUAGAGAGCCUGCAUAGGUGGAUUGGAGAGAUGAAUGCAGUUUCCUUGCUCUCAGUGACCAUGAUGCUGCUGUUCACUGUAAAAUGAGCCUGAAUUUUCUUUUAACAUUCAGGGCUAGCUGCCAGGUGUUUUUACAAACUCAUUGAAGGCAUCAAGGAAACAGAAACAUCUCAAGCUUUACUACUAAGUGUAGGAGUUGCAGCAUUGAGAUAAAUCAAUUUGUAAUCACUGACAUCUUGAUAGCUAUGGUAAUAAGUGCAAUUGUCUCUGUUUUACAGGUGUCUUAAAGGCAGAAAAGUUGCUAUUUUUUGUAAGAGUAUCCAGAGAUAUAUGUCUCUACCAUAUCAAAAUGGUCAUUCUCUGACUAGUGCAUUAACCUUCCAAGACAGGCAUCACUAAUAAAGAUGUAUUUUAUUUCUUCAGACUGCACUUCAGAAAACAGAUGUUAGUACCAUUGUCACUAGUCUUGGCAAACAAGAGGAUUACUGGAUAUCUCUGUUAAGUUGCAAACAUUUUAGAUAUCUUCUUUGGAGAAAAUACGCAUUCUGAUUGUUAUUUGUGGAGUGCAGUUUGCAAUGUGCAACUUAAGAAAUGUACAUCCUUAGCAUUUCACUUGGAUAUGUCAAGUUAAUUUGCAGGUUGAUGGCUGAAUGUAAAAUACUGGCCAUUUGCUUUAUUUAUUUGAUUAUUUUUUUCUAUAGUGUUAUCCCAUUUGUUCAUUAUUAGUAUUAUUUUCUGCAUGAUUUUGAAGUUUUUGGUCCCGGCUGCUUCUUUCUUUCGGUCAGUAUGAAAAUAACUUGCUACAUUUGCAGUGACCAUGUCCUUAUGUCUGGUUUAUUACUAGAGAGUACACACCAACUUUUCCUCCAGUUAAUAUUUCACAUUGGCCACCAGGAUUGCUGUUUAGCUGCCAUCCAGUACAGCAGGUUCAUACUUUAUCUGUCUUACUACUAUGCCUGCAAAGUACAUAGGCCUCAGAUCUUGGAAAGACUGAUAUUUGUGCUUUUAGUCCAUUUCAUAUUUGGCAGUGCAUCACCAGACUCUCAUCUUAUUUUCCUCUGAAAUUAUGCAGUGUCACACAACAUACUCAAACUGUGCAGGCACAGAGUUAGUCAGCACUUUUAAUUUAUGUUCCACCACCUCAUGCACAGGCAGGUUGUUGAAGAAUAAGUGUUGCAGCCUGUAAAGUGACAACAUUAGAGUAUUAUGCUCACUUUCCUGUAGAGUAGACCAUUUGGCUAUCCCACUGUCCAGAUAUGAUGUCACUUACAACUGUUCUUAUAUUAUGGGAAAUAAAAUAUGUCCUGCCUGGUAGUCUUAGUUUUUGAAGAGUUCUGUGAGUUAUAUAUAGUUUAUAAAACAUUAAUCCCAAGCAAGUAUUGUAGGUCUCAGAAUACUUUGUAUACUGUCCAUGUUGACUGUUUCUGACAUUACCUUUUAAAUGUCAUGUUUUGUUCUCCUGGGAUUUCUUGGUGUAAGAGUAUUGUCUUGACCUGGUAUGUGGUCUGUAAUCUAAGGCAGACAGGCAUUUAACACAGUUGUGAUCAGAAUACUAUUAAGGCACUUUACAGAAAUUGUAGUCUGUACAGUUGUAAAGGAUGUUAGUGGAGAAAAGUGUUCGAAUGAUUUGCUAAUCUGAUUACUGGCUGUGUUUGUAUUACAGGCAGCAUGAAAAUUGUUAUAAAUACAUAUCUUCUGUGAGAAUGAGUGCUCUAGUGAUCUUAAUUUUUUUUCUUUUACUUCAUAUUAAAUUAUUAAAAGAAAAUCAGCUUUAGUUGGUUGUUUUGGGUGAUGCUUAACCUGAAAAAAAUGUAACUGGCCUCUGCUCCUUUGAGAAUCUUAGUGGCUGUGCUUUGCAGCACCCUUUUACAAAAAUGAAGGAUUCUUGGAAGGUUUGUUAUAUUAUUAAAGUCUCAACUUGAGCCAUAUUCAGUGAUUUUACUCACUAAUAGAAUGCAAUACAGAUAUGUACAGUUAUUGCAGUACUAUUGUGUGCUAUCCUUUAAAGAGUUGGUAGCACAGUGGCCACAGCUUUGUGGUAGAAAACAUAAUACUGCUUCUCUGCUGAAAAACAGAAAUACUGCUGUAGUAACAAGGAGCAACUUAAGAGAGAGAUUGUUCCACAUUUCCUGCUUUUGGGGGGGGGGGGGGUUGUAUAUCCAUUUCAGGCUGAACUCUAAACAACGUGGGCUUGACUGCCACCUUGUCUUAUGUAGUAUAAUCUCAUUGUCACUUUGCUUUGUGAAAAUCUUGCCCUAUCUAGACAUCCCAUGUUACAAAGUGCUUAAGAAAGUCUUCUUCCCCAAAUAACACAAACACAUUAAUUCUGUCUCCACACAUUAUCCACUUUAUUGUACAGCACUUAAACUUGCUUUGACUGGUGAUGUAUAUCAGGUUUAUGUUUUAUUUGUUGCAUAGCUUGGCUGAUUGUUCAUAGAACUGCAAGUAGGAAGAUAAAUAAAUAAAAAUAAAAUGCAUCUAAA